UUGUAUCACUUGGUCUGCGUCUUAUAUCAAGAGAAGGUGACAAAACAAAUCCCCGCUAAAUGUAAAGAAAAGAUACAUAUUCUCGUCAGUGUGAAUGUCGUCGUCGGAGUUGGAUUUUUGCCAACUGUUCCCGCAGUAGCAAAAGAUUCUUCGAAAUCGUUACGUGCCGCAGACGUUUAAAAAAAGUGCGUUACUUAUUAAAUUAAGCGUCUAGUAUGCCGCUUAAUAUCUUUUAUUGAUUUAGUGAUUCAUUUUAAUGUAUAAAUAACGGUGGUUAAUAUUUAUUUUUUGGAGUUCAAAGUAAAAGAAUGCAAAAAUGGAUUUGAAAGCUUUUCGUGACACAAUUCCACAGCCGCCAAAGGCUCUUGAUCCAGUAGCAGCUCGGCGGGCCCGAGCUACAGUUACAACGGCAGGUGUCAGGCGGCGAGUCCUUAAGAAACACAUCCAACAGAAGUACCUGUUAUGUGGGUUCGCAAUACAUGCUUUUCUAGCAACACCCGCAUACCUUUAUGGCAAUAUCGUUGAAACCGAUAAGGAAUGGGUUAUUCGAAUAUGGCCAGCGAUUAUUUAUCAGGCUGUCAUACAAAUUUGCCGAUCGAUAUUGGAACACUUGACGGAAGAGUAUCGAGGAAGGGAUCACGAAACAAUCGCAUAUCGUCGGGUGUUUUUUAUAGCAACUCUCAUCAUAUGUGUCUCGUUGUUGAUAUGUGGAUGUCUGUUCUCCUCGGCAUGGUUAAUAGUGACAACAACAACACAAGUGAUAGCAAUUGUUUGCUAUGGCUUUUUUGCAGGUAUCGGCUCAGCUUUAUUUACAUGGAAAACUCAUGUAAUCCUCGAAGCCGUCCGACCACGAGAAGACAAAUAUGUUUGUAAAACAAUACAUCUUUGCGGAGAAGCCUUUUGUCAGCUCUUCCUCUCCUUCGUUUUCACCAGCUUACGAACUUUAUAUGGCACUUCACAGUCAAUAGUUUUGAUGGCUGCAAUGUUUGUCAAUUUGAUACCCAUUAGCUUACUCAUAACCAGACAUCGCGAAGGAGCCAUUUCGAAGAGAAUCUCGCUGAUUAAAACUGAUGCACGUUUCGAGUCCUUUCAACCGCUCAAUCCACUUGGCAAAUUAUCAUCACAUCUUAUGGCUGAUCAAAUGGAUGGGAUUGAUAUGCAACAGCGUGCCUGGAAGAAUCCAAUGGACUCGGAAGUCCAUUGUAAUUAUAUGCUAACUCACGAAGAUGCCUACGUGACAUUUUUGAAUCCUCAUGGAGUGGAAAUAAUGGAAAUCAUUCCCGAAGAAGACGAUGAAAAUAUCUCUGUGAUACGUUCGAGUUCUGCCACGAUAAAUAAUUACGGACGAAUAAGUUUGAAUGCUUCGCAGAAUAUUAAAUGUUCAUCGGUGCGACAGAGUGCAACAAAUUUAACAAAAAUUCAAGAAUUUUCUAAAAAUAUUAGCAUCACCGUGUGGGAUAGUUUUUUACAAACCAUGGUUUUACCUUUGAGGAAAGCAAUUUUCAUGCCGAAGCUGUAUUCGACAACCCUGUUGUUGUCAACUGACAUCUUUUCGUAUGUCAUGUGCUUAACGGUUUUGCCAGGGUUGGCUGCAAAUUUACAUGCAAUUAAAAGCGCAGAGAUUCCAUUUUUAUUCUCGUUGCUUGCAUUCCCAUGGAUGUGUUUUUCGCUGAUGACACCACGUUUUGGUAGCGCACUCACCAAACAAAAGGUAGAAUGGCAUACUCUCGGCUGCAUUUGUAAGGGACUUGCUUUGUUAUUUAUCAGUGUUUCUUCAUCAAAGUUGCUUUUGAGUGUUUCAUCGGUACUUCUUGGCUUUGGGCAAGCUGUCACAAUGUUCCUGCAAGACUUGGUUCUACAAAUUAGUAUGCCACGAGCCCAAUGGAGUAUAAUACGUUAUCCAGUUCAUUUUACAAAUGGAUUACUAAUACUACUUUGGGGAGUUGGAGCCCAUUUGGUUGUUGAUAAUUAUACAUUUCAAGCUAGCGUUGGUUAUUCAGCUGCUUUAUAUAAUUUUAGUAUACUUUUGUGGCAUUUAAUUUUUAUAUUUUGUAAGGAAUAACAAAUUUUAAUUAAAUAAAAGUAAUAUUUAAAUUAAAAAGAAGUA